AUGAAUAGUCAGACUAAGGAUGAUGAAAAAUACAAAUAGUUUUAAUGCAAAAUAUGUCUGGACCUAGCCACUGAGCCAGUUAUCACUCCCUGUGGACAUCUCUAUUGUUGGCAGUGUCUCUAUACUUGGGCUUAAAAGAAGAAUCCAUUGCAAUGUCCAUAUUGUUCAAAUGUUUUCGAAUUGGACAAAGUCACAACCAUCUUCACCGGAGACUCAAAAGAAUCAAAGCAAUCAGAAAUCCCCAAAAGACCCACAAACCCAAGACAAGAAUAGAACAAUUCAUCAUAACAACAACAACAGAAUUAGCCAUUCGGAAACUUUUAAUUUGGUUUUGGUUUUGGCAUGCCGUUCAUGAUGAUGUCCAAUUUCAAUUUCGGAUAAGGACAACAAGGUAAUGCAAGAAGUUUUAUGAUCGUUUUCUUUAUUGGAUUUUUCUUGAUGAAUUUCUUGCCCUUUAUCACCUCCUCCAUCCAAGAAAUUCCACAACAGACCCAAAGACCGUCAAGGAGACACCAAGAAAUAUACGAAGACGACUAACUAACCAAUUUUGGAAUCAGCUUUUUGGCAAUUAUUCUUGGUUUUGCUGGCCUCAACUAUUUGGCUAACAAGAUUUUGAACAAAUGA